AUGGAGGGUGCCGAGAAGUUCCACCAUCCAUACGAGCCGUAUGACAUUCAAUUACAAUUUAUGCGGGCAUUGUACGACUGCAUCGAGCAAGGCAAAGUCGGCAUCUUCGAAUCUCCAACCGGAACUGGCAAGUCUUUGAGUUUAGCGUGUGGUUCAUUGACAUGGCUUCGUGAUCAUAAAAGGAAGGAGUUUGACGAGAGCAUAGCUGCUAUCGAAGGAGAUGACGACGAACCGGAAUGGAUGGUCCAACAUUCUCGAGAAGAGAAGAAGAACCAAGCCAUCCAAAAACGAGCAGAAUUAGAGGCCAAACUUGAGAAAAUCCGACAACAUGAACGCAAAAUCAGAGAUCGACAGGAGAAUGGACCGCCAUUGAGCAAGAAGCGAAAGCUUGAUAAUGACAACAACGGCAAAAUCGUUGAUAUCGUUGACGAUGAGCAGUUCGCGCUUGAUGACUACGAGAGCGAUGACGAAGGUUGUAAGAAUUCACAUACCAAUAAUGGCGAUGAAGACUUAGGGUUGUCGAGAGAAACACAAGCACUGAUGCAGAAACUGAGAUAUGGUCUCUCUGCAGCAUCCCAAUCAGAAGACCUCGAAGCCGAAGAUGAGUUAAAGAUCUAUUUCUGCUCGCGCACGCAUUCGCAACUGAGUCAAUUCGUCAACGAGCUACGAAGACUAAACUUGCCAGCUGCUAUACCUGCUGUGCAAGAAGAAAUCAAGAAGAAACCUUCACUGUCUGAGGAACUCAAGCAUCUAUCCUUGGGCUCGAGGAAGAAUCUUUGCAUCAAUGCUAAAGUGUCAAACUUAAAGAGUAUGACGGCAGUCAACGAACGAUGCCUGGAGCUUCAGGAUGCAAAGACACCAAAAGACAAGAAGUGUCCUUUUGUGCCGAAUAAAGAGAAUGAAGGCUCGGUGUUGGACUUUCAACAUCAUGCUUUGGCCAAGAUACGCGAUAUCGAAGAUCUGGGUGCUUUGGGUAAGAAGUUGGGUGUUUGUCCUUACUAUGCCACCAGACCUGCCGUAAAGCCUAGCGAGAUUGUCACAUUACCAUAUCCACUCCUCCUGCAGAAGACCGCAAGAGAAGCAUUGGGAUUGUCGUUGAAGAACCACAUCAUCAUUAUCGACGAAGCCCACAACCUCAUGGACGCAAUCUCAAGCAUUCACACGGUAGAGGUUAGCCUACAACAGCUACACCUCGCUCGUGCCCAAUUGACAGCCUAUCUUCAACGCUUCCGCAAUCGUCUCAAAGGCAAGAAUCGUGUUUACGUCACUCAAGUAGUGCGACUACUCGAUUCAAUAGCCAACUACUUGCAAUCGCUGGAGACCAAGAAUGGCUCAGAAGGUAUUGUGCAAGCUACCGAUCUGCUCAAGGGUAAGGGUGUAGACCAGAUCAACCUCUACAAAUUGAUGCACUACCUGCAGGAAAGCAAAUUGGCGAGAAAAGUGGAAGGCUAUGUUUCUGUUGAGCAGCAGAAACAGCAGAAACUCAACAGUACUGGCGCUGCGAAGGAAGCUACAGUGCCGGUGCUUACACAUAUCACCAACCUGUUUAUGGUGUUGACGAACCCUGCUAGGGAGGGUCGUUUGUUCUACACUGUUGGAGAGGAAAAGGCACAGACGAAAGUCAAGUACAUGCUUCUUGAUCCCUCAGAGCACUUCCGCGAUAUUGUCGAAGAGGCAAGAGCAGUAAUACUGGCAGGAGGAACCAUGUCGCCCAUGUCCGACUACAGCACCCAACUCUUCCCCUAUCUCAACAAGACACGAAUAACGACACUUUCCUGCGGCCACGUAAUCCCAACCACAAACCUUUUCGUCAGUCCCGUGGUGACAUCCCAGAACAACACCGAGUUCAACUUUAGCUUCUCGUCUCGCAACCUUACUUCCACAAUCACCGCCCUCGGGGACUCGAUCCUCGAACUGCUACCUACAAUCCCUCAUGGCUGUGUAGCUUUCUUCCCAAGCUAUAAUUACCUCGAUCAAGUAGUAGCACAGUGGCAAAAGUCCGGUCUGUGGACAAAAAUGCAAAAGGCAAAACAAAUCUUCAAAGAAACCCAACAGACGGGAACAGAAGAUACAUUAAAUGCCUACACCACAGCAGUAAAAACCUCUUCCACAGGAGCUUUCUUGUUAGCAGUCAUCGGCGGCCGCCUCAGCGAAGGCAUAAAUUUUUCCGACGAAUUGGGGAGAUGUGUAAUGGUCAUCGGCCUCCCAUACGCAAAUCCCAAUACCGCAGAGCAAAAGGCAAAGAUCAAGUAUAUCGAAGAAAAGGCUGGUGGUGGUGCAGCAGCGGCAAGAGAUUUUGCAGAUAAUACUUGUAUGCGGGCUGUCAAUCAAGCGAUCGGAAGAGCAGUUCGUCACAAGAAUGAUUGGAGUGCGAUUUUGCUGUUUGAUGGUAGGUAUACGCAAAAGAGGAUUCAAGAUAGGUUGCCUGGGUGGAUCAAGGCGAGUUUGGGACAGACGGCGAGGACGGGCUUCAAUGAUGUAGAGGCGGGAUUUAAGAGGUUCUAUGCUGGGAAAGCAAAGGGGGUUGCAGUGUAG